CAUGAAACGUCAAAAUGUAUCAGCCGGUGAUUACCGCCCCGCGCUUUUCGUCGUAAAUUUUGGGGCGGUACGUCUGUCAUGAGAUAUUGUAAUUAUUUAGUCUUAAAAGUAAUACGUCCUAAAGAAAUGGUGUCGCGGGCGCGCGGUUUACGCAUAUCGCACGAAGUAAAAGAAUUUGAGAAGCGGCCUCCAUGGGGCAUAAGUAUAAGCCCUGAAAAAGAAGAUGUUUACGACGUCCUUUUAGUGAGCUUGCAGGGACCUAAAGGGUCCCCUUACGAAGGUGGGACCUUCAAGUUGACUGUAACCAUCCCUGAUGCUUAUCCUUUUGAGCCACCGUUGUUAAAAUUCACUACUCCUGUGUACCACCCUAACAUUGACAAAGGAGGCCGAAUUUGCAUGGAC